CUAACGAAACGCAGUUUGAAGGGAACGGUUCUCCAGAAUGGAUCUCCUGAAGAAGUCGGGAAUAUUUGCGAUUCUAAUAGGGUUGCAGCUAGUCUGUGCUGAAGAAAUAGCUCGCUAUGACAAUUAUAGAGUUUAUCAAGUGACCGCCAAGACGAAACAGCAGUUGGAUACGUUGAAUGAAAUUCAAAUGAACAGUGAUGCGUAUAUUUUUCUCGAAAGUGGACACAAACUUGGUGACAAAUUUACUGUGAUAGUACCGCCUCAUAAGUUGGCCGAUUUUGCAGAGGCUUUGACGAUUGAGAAAAUUUGUGGGCGAAUCAUCAAUUCUAAUUUGCAACAAUCCAUUGACGAUGAACGGAAUCGGAUGCAGUCCAAGCGGCUGAAGGGAGUAUUUGAUUGGACAGAAUACCACGAUUUGAAGGAGAUCCAUGCAUGGUUGGAUAAGCUGGCUGCGGAAUAUAAAGAAGUCGAAGUGAUAGAAGGAGGGAAAUCUUACGAAGGUCGCUCCAUCAAAGGAGUGAAAGUGUCGUACAAAUCGGGGAAUCCUGGCAUUUUUAUGGAGGGCGGUAUACAUGCUCGUGAAUGGAUCUCCCCUGCUACUGUCACUUACAUUUUGAACGAGUUACUCACGAAUCAAGAUGCCAGUGUGAGGAAAAUCGCCGAGAACUACGACUGGUACAUUUUUCCGAGCGUGAAUCCAGACGGUUACGUUUACAGCCACACAAGGAAUCGAUACUGGCGUAAAACGAGGACUCCAUAUCCAGGAGGUUGCUUCGGAGCUGAUCCCAAUCGAAACUGGGACUUCUACUGGGCAGUGGCAGGAGCAAGUCGUCGCUGUUAUGCUGAAUCGUUUGCCGGACCGAAACCAUUUUCCGAGAUGGAGACGAAAACUCUUUCCAAAUACAUAAGCUCUCUCAAUGGGAAAAUUCAGGCCUAUAUCGCCUUCCAUUCCUACUCCCAGCUGUUGCUGUUCCCCUAUGGACAUACAAGUGAACGAACGCCCAACCAUGACGACCUGGACCAGAUUGCAAAUGCGACCGUUACAUCCCUGGCCAAACGGUACGGUACCGAAUACCGGUACGGAAACAUUUACGAUGCAAUUUAUCCGGCCAGUGGAAGCAGCAGUGAGUGGGCGUACGGUGUUGAAAAUGUACGCCUCUCUUACACGUACGAGUUGCGUCCUAUGGGUGGUUAUAACGGAUUUGUGCUUCCACCGGAGCAGAUUAUACCGACUGGCGAGGAGACUCUAGAUUCUCUGGUGACGAUGCUGGAGGAGUCAGAAAAACGAAACUAUUUCAAAAUUUGAAGGUGUGGUGAAAAGGUGUCGUUCAUAUUAAAAGAAGUUUUAUAGGCCUAGACACAUUCUCUACUGCAUAGUGCAAAGCAUUUAUCAGUCACAUUGACUUGUCAUUAAUUGAGUUUCGCGUAUUCAAAGUCAGUGGUUAACAAUUAUAAAUAAGCAAGAAAAUUGAUAGGCAAAGAUUAUCAUUUUUUUUCAAAUAUGAUGUAAAAUGCAAAAUUGUUAUUUUAAUAAACUAUUGAACAUCUUCUCUUGA